UGUGUGGAAUGUAUUAUUCUCGAUUAUGAAACCUUAAAUUGUAUUGUAAAUAAAGUUAAGCAAUAGUUUUAACCGCUUUUCGCGAAUAUAUAUUGUUCGCGCCAUGCUAAAAACCAUCGAGUACACAGUUAUCGAUAGGCGCGGGAUAUUCGCAUCUGCGGAAUCGAUUGGCGGCAAUUGUAACAACAAAACACACUCGCUCUCUUUUACCAAAAAAAAAAAAAGAAAAUUACAAAUCAAAAACCAUAUCCGAUCGAUGGCAGAACCCCGUCCCGGCGCCUACAACUACAAGACAUUAUUAUGCACAAACAUCCCGGAGCUUUUCCUGGACAAAUAUGUGGCGCGCUCGCACUUUGGCCGCUUUGGCACCCUGGUGAACUUCGUGCUGCGUCCGCGUCGGAUGACCUGCACCGUGAGCUAUGCCAGCGAGGAGCAGGCGGAGCGUGCGCUCCUCGAGGGCGGCAGCUUCCAGGGUCAUCAGUUUGACAUAUCCUACGCUGAGAACGAGACGGCGCCGGCACAGAAAACGGAGGAGUGGGUGGAUCCCGAUGUUCAGGCGGAGUUGAGUGCCCUGCAAUCGGGCUGGCGCAAUGAGUACGCCACGGGCAAGCCCCUAAAGCCAACACAGAGUGGAGAUGGCGGUGGCAGUUCAAUGCUGCUUGCCCCACCGGUUGCGGCGGCGAUGAGCGUUAAGAAUCCACCCGCCACCAGGGAUCGUACGCCUGCCCAGCUGAGGGAUCUCGAGAACGUGAUGCGCAGACCAGCCCACACAAGCGAGGAGAAGUUCCGCGUGUUGGAUGCCCGCGAUAAGCUGUUGCGCCUGAACGGAACGCAACAAAAGCUGGCCGGUGCCACGCAGGGUCACUGCCCCGAUAUGUGUCCGGAAAAGGAGCGCGUGCUGAGAGAGUUCCAGCGCCAGGUGGCCUUUUAUGAGCUGCAACCGGGCUCCGAUGAGUUAAUCUGCCACGAAAGAGCGCUGAAACAGUACUCACGCAGCAGUGCCGACCAGGAGACGCCGCUGCCGCAUGAACUGCGCAAUGAGACUGCCCUGCACAUGACCAUGAGCUAUCUAAUGCAUGAGAUUAUGGACAUUAGCGAGCGACAGGAGCCGCAAAGCCAUCUGGGCGAUUGGUUUCACUUCGUUUGGGAUCGCACGAGGUCUAUCCGAAAGGAGAUCACCCAGCAGGAGCUCUGCUCGCUGGGCGCCGUCAAGCUGGUGGAGCAGUGCGCCCGCUUUCACAUCCAUUGCGCUGCCCGUCUGGUGGCCGCCGAUCCCAGCGUCUUUGACAGCAAGAUCAAUGCCGAGAAUCUAACCAAAUGCCUGCAGACCCUAAAGUACAUGUACCAUGACCUGCGGCUAAAGGGCGUCCAGUGUCCCAGAGAGUCGGAAUUCCGAGGCUACAUCGUAUUGCUAAAUCUGGCCGAUGCCAACUUUCUGUGGGACAUCAGCCAGCUGCCCACUGAGCUGCAGAGUUGCCCCGAAGUGCGUCAGGCCAUUCAGUUCUACUUGGCCCUGCAGGACACGAACUUUGUGCGCUUCUUUCAGCUGCUGAUGGACGAGGAUACCAGCUACCUGAGUGCCUGCAUCCUAGUCGCAUACUUAACGCGACUGCGCGUGCUGGGAUUGCAUCGUUUGAUCCAGGCGUACAGAGCUCCGCGCAAGGAUGAGGUGUCCUCGCUGCCUCUCAGCUACAUCGCCGACCUGCUGAGCUUUGCCAGCGAACAGGAGGCGGCGGAUUUUGUCCAACACUAUGGCCUCGAGGUGAACGAGGCGGGCAGAGUUGUGCUGAGCAGAAUGCACACGGUGGAGACGGAGUACAAGCUGCCACGACAGUAUGAGCUGGUGGAAAUGAAACGCGUGCAGAGCGUGGGCGAAGUCGUGAGUGGGGAACCCUUGCCACCACGAGACCUUUACCUUAACCACCGGCCGCACAACAGCUUCAACGAGCACGGGAUGCUGAAGAGCAUUGCAUGGGCGGCCAAGGAUCAGCUGCCUGGCAUGCAGCAAGAGGAGAUGCAGCCACAAAUGCCUACGCAUCCGCCAGCAGCCUCAAAACAGAGGGAUAAUUUCUUUAAGGUGCCAAUGCAACCCGAAGGAACGGCGGCUGUGUUUGGAGCUCCUGCCACGGCUGCUGUUCCGCCAGCCUCUUCCAUCGAAGGAUUCAGUUUCGUCCUACCUAAGUCACGUGCCCAGGAGCUCCAGGAGCAGGCUCUGGCCGAGCAGCAGCGACGGGCACAAGAAGAGGCCAAGCAUCAGGCCCUGCAAAUAGCACUUGCCGCUGCGAAGAAGCGGGAAGCUGAACUCAUGGCUAUUCACGAGGCCAAAGUGGCCGAGGCCGAGCGAGUGCGUCAGCAGAAGCUGAGGGAACGCCAGGAGCAGCAGCGUCGCCAGCAGGAGGAGUUGGAGGCACAACGCCAGCGGGAGCGCGAGCAACUUCAGCUGGAAAGUGAGCGGCAACUGAAACUGGAACAGCUGCGUCUAGUGCAGCAGCAGGAAAGGGAGGCCCGCAAAAAGACCAAGACUCUGGAGUUCUACCAGGAAAUAUUCCAGGACACACUCGCAGAAAUUUGCGAACAGGAGUUCAAGUUGCACAACCAGGCUUGCCGUUCCUACGAAACCGUGCUGGACUCACUAACACGCGAUCUCGUCGCGCAGCAGAUGCAGCAAUCCCUUUACGAACUGGGCGUCAUGCGGGUGUACAUCAGGCGAUGGCGCAACUAUCGGCGGUCGCAGCAGCAGAAGGACUCGCUAUUUAACCAACUGCCCUUGAGCUUUGGAGCCGAUGAUUCCGAUCGAUUGGUGAACGAACGCAGCGUGGAGGACUCAUUGCGUCUGAUCAGACGCUACAGACUUGGCGAGCCCUGCGAUUAUGGCAAACUUCUGGCUGGCCUGGAGGAGCAGAGUUGGCUGAAGCUGGAUCUGUGGCGCGUGUUGGACAAGUGCCUGCCGCUGGCGCAACCAGGAGCUAGGCGCUUCUACAAGCUGGUGAUAAGCCUGUCCGGCGGCCAGGAAGGUGUCCAGUUGAACUACGACUUGGACAGGGGACUACUGCAGCAGCCAAAGUCGCCGGAUGCUCGUUCGGUCGAAGGAGGCUACAUCCGGGGCUUCUCCCAGGGCAUUGGCUUGAGUGUGCUCAAGAUCCGAGAUAAUUAUCACGACUGGAAAGCCAGCGAUUUGGCCCAAGCCAAUGGGAUUAUUUGCUUGAUUGGACUGGAGGAACUUCGCAAUCUGAAGCAGCGCUUGAAACCAUUGCUGCAAGCGAGCCGCUGCCAUGAUGUGGCUGUAAUUGUGCAGUAUCCGGCUAAUACCACCUUUGUGGAACCCGAUAUUCCUCUCCAGGAUCUGUGCCUGCGCUCCUUCAACAUCUUCCCUUUGAGACACUCUGGGAACAGCCGCCAGCGCUUGAUGAUUGCACUGGAAGCGGCUGUACAGUUUCUGGCCAAAGUCACGGUUACCAAAGCUGUUGGACACCUUCAGCAAGUGGAGACCCGCGAGUACUUGCUAGGUAACCUGGGUUCGGAACUCUUUCGCCGCCUAAAACACGCCGCCGAGCAGGAUGCGGCCAUCAGACGAGGCACUCAGCUGAAUCCACAGUUUUGUGCCGACCUCUUUAACGAGGCAGUGCAGCGCCUGCAAUUGGUGGCCGGCGAGGAUUUGAGCGACUGCCCCCAGUUUCCCGAGGAGCUGCGUGUCUUUGUGCAGCCACUGCCCAUCGAAUCAUCACUGCCCACCAAUCGCUUGGAGCACUUUGAGCCCGGUUGGCACUUAACCGAGCGACGUCAGCGCAUUGUGCAGCUCCUGGAGCGCUGUAAACUGCCAAGGAUGUCGGAACUGCCGCGAUCUUCAUCCCUGGCCGAGGCCCAAUGCCAGUGGGUAUUGGACUAUGCGCAGCUAAGUCAGCAGGAAGACUGCGUGGAACAGAUCGCCCUGCAGGCCAUACAAAUUCUGCAAUCCAAUGCGGCUGGCUACUUGAACUUUGUGGAAUAUCUCGCUGGCGAACGAAUGCAAUAUCUACUGGGGCAGGAGAGGAAUCUGCCACGCGGAGUUGUGUACAAGACGAGAACGCUGAAGAGCCGCUUCCUGAGCGCCUGGUACUAUGAGUUGCGUGCGCCUCAGAUGAACCAGCCCGUUUCCGCGGACGAGGAUGCCCAGGAGCAGGAGGAGCAGCCAUCGCAAGCGGAGGCGCAGCAACUGGACUUCAACGACAUUAUGAGCAAGGCGGAGGCUGUGCUGAACAGGUGUCGCCAGCGGCAGGAAGAUCGCCGCACACUGCGCGACCUCAAUAGGCCACAUAAGACGAGGACGAGCAAGGUCGCAUCGAACCAGAAACAUGACGCGGAAAAUAAGCCCAAGCGCAAGCGGCCCAACUUUAAGUAGUCGCUUUUACAUUCACUUUCAUCUUUAGCUAUUAGUUUAAUUGUAUCAUAUGUAUGUUAAGUGUAGUUCUUAUCUAUGUGCUUAAGCAUGAUAUUGCCAAUUGUAACAAGAGACAAAGCUAAAUUUUAAACUGCAUUCGGCUUAGUUUAAUUUUAAGUUCAAAAUGGUGUAAUCUUAGGUGCAGCUAUGUGGCCGAAACGCCGAAAAGAGCGAGACAGUGUGCUAGCUUAAGUUUACUAAGUAAUUUUGCAAUUUUUGUAAUACAACUAUAUUUUUUAUUGGACCAUGUUCAACCGAUUGCCUUCUGUGUAGUAGCUAGAUAGAUAGUACUGAGUGAGCUGUGAACUCCCAAAUGACAGGCCGUGUCACCCUUCAGUCAACUAAACAGCUCCGAGGCGAUAGCAUCCAUUUAUCCAAAAUAUUUGUGUUUCCGUUUUUUUUUUAUUUUGUUUUAAGGUUUUUUUUUACAUUCAAAACCACACAAAAGGAUUUGCCUGGAACAUGAAGAGCAUAGUGGCUCAGACGGAAUGCCAGCUGCGGCCUCUCAAGGGUGAGUGAGUGCAUCCUGGACAGAAUGUGGCCAGUUUUCUGGGUCACGUGCUCUGGCGGAAGGGGAAACGUAUGUAGCUGCCCUCUGCGAUUGUAGCUCCUAGUGUAGUUCUACCUUAAGAAGGUCAGUUUGCGGUUGCUAAGGAUUAAGAUACUUAGAUAGUUUUAAAAUUGUAUUAUAUAUUAGCUAUAUACUGAAAUCCUAGUUAGCUCACAUUGUCCAUCACUUCAUCAUAAGCAUUUUACCAAUCCAAUAAAGAGAAACUAAUGAUGCCACA